AUGUAUCAACCAGAUGCCGGGUCCCGUGGGAUGGUGAAGCAGCAGCCGCUGCUGAUCCUGCGGUCUGAGCCUCCGCUGCCCCUAUUUUGCAUGCCCUUUCCGAUUCCGCCGUUCGCGAGUGACAUUUCCCUGUUGCGUCUGAGCGUGCUGCGGAUUCUUACGGGGCAAAAAGGCCUGCCUGCGCCUCAGCUGCUGACUCACAGCGAGAAACUCAAGCAGAUGACCGUGCAGGGCUGGCGCCUCAAGAUGCUCGAGCUUAUCCAGGUGCAGGCUGGCAGCCAGCGGCCCGAGGACGACCAGGUCUUUUAUGGCCUGCCGCUCGAGGACAGCCAUGACUGCUCGGCGUUGGAGCAUGGCGACGAAGUCGUCGUGCGUCUCCGCCGCGGAUACACGCUUGCUGAUCUGCAGCUACCGGAUCUCGGCCCGAACCACGACUACUCCGUCAACUUGGACGACACGGAGACCCUGUACCGCUUGCCGGAAUCCGAGGUGACGCGUCCGACGGAGCCAUCGUCGCAUUCGUCAUCGAUCCAGGCGAAUCCGAAUGGCAACUACCAGGCAUUCCAGUACCCUGACUACCGCCACGGAUACCGCGUCGUCGUGGCCAAGGGCGUGGGCAACGGCGUAGUCAGCCGCUCCUCCGGCGCUGAGCUGGCUGCUCCUCCGCUGUCGUACGCGGAUCCGCACAUGGCGAUCGAUGCACAUGCCCUGGCUCAGCUCAAGGGCCUCGCCCGCUCGAACGGGCGCGUUGGCGCGGACGCACGGGCGCGUCUGGCCGAGCUGGGAUACGGCGUGCCGGAGUACAAGGCCAAGGCCAAAAAGCGCUCGCAAAGGUCGCCAUACGAGAACCUCGUGCCGGGCUCGGCCCCAUUGCGUCUCGUGCCAGGUGUGCCGGAGACGAGCGCUGGUGGCGACUCGUGGCUGCCGCCCAGUGCGCCCACGUCCCUGCCCAGGUACGCUGCCCCCACGCACAGCGUCUCGAAACCGUUGCGCAGGUCGCACGCUGCUCCUGCGCCUGUCUCUGCGCCAGCGGCUAUGCCUGCUCGCAUGCGCGUGUCAGAGCCCGUGCUGACGACCGUCGCGCCGGCCUCAGCACCGAUGCCGACGGCCCCUGCCUCGUACCCCUCGUUGGCCCCCGCAGCGAUGACCGCCGCUGCGCCGCCCACGACAGAGACCAUGCAUGCCUUGCCACGGCCCGUGCUGGGGCAUGAUCGGAACACCCAGGCGCAGCUGGGACCGAUGGUGGCCCCCUUGCAUGCCAAGCCCAAGACUAAGAAGAAGAAGAAGACGACCAAAUCAUCGACCAUGUCGACGUUCUUUGCUACCAUGCGUGCGAACGACUCUGCGGCUACGUCGCAGCUGUUUGUGCCGCUGUACUCGGCGCCUUUUCUGGGCACGCAAGCUAAGGACUCUGUGACGGGCUCCAAGAUCCUGGGACUCAUCAAGGGCAUGGGCAAGCCCAAACACCAGCCGACCGACGAGCCCAUCCCCGUGGCUGAAGAAGAUGUCGCAGAGGUCACGGCGGCGCCAAGCGUGCCUCCCUCGUACUCGCAAGCCCGACUCCAUGACCAUCUUCCGGCCGUGCCAGCUGAUGCGGCGGAGGUGACGGGGGAGCCGAUCGUGCCUGCGGCAGACGUGUACCCACCGCCGGUGCUGUCGAACGAGCCGCCGCACUACAUGUGGUCGACGCAUGCGUCGUCCGAUGAAUACCGCAGCGCACCGAUGCUCCCACGCACAGAGACACAGCCGCAGGCUGUGUACGAGAUGCAGCAGCCUACUGACUAUGCGGCGGCGCGAACGGUUCAGGCGCCUGCCGUGUAUCCAGCUGAGCAGCCCGCGAGUUUCGCGGCACAACGCACGGCUCUCCCUGCUGUGUACGAGACGCAGCCCUACACGACGCAGCGUGUGGCACCUGAUGUGUACGCGGCCCAGCGGCCGACGAGCUCUGCUACGCCUCGUACUCCUCCGCUCCCUACGAUGUACGAGACGCCGCAGCCCAUGGGAUACACGACGCAGCAGUCCGCGCAGGCACCCGCAGUGUACGAGACUCUCCAGCCUACGGGCUACACGACUCAGCGUACGGUGGAGACAGCACGCCCGGAUGGCGCACGGUUGAAAGAGUCGUCCGUGCCGAUCACGCCAUCUUCGGCGCAUCUGGCGCCACCGUCUGGCGUGAGCGUCUAUACGUACGGCUCGCCAGCCGGCGUGGUGCUGCCGCAAGCCGAGCCUGCCGCCGUGCCAGCUCACACCCACCAUGGAGUGAUGGACCACCUUCUGCACACGUCUGUCACGGGUCAAGAUCUGCACGAUCCCGAGGAGAUCACGACGCCCAAGCGCUCCACGAAGCGCGAAUUCCUGUCGCCUGGCAUGACCGACCAUGAUGGUGUGGAAUUGCCCUUCCACGACUCGGUGGACGAGCCGUCCGUCGGCGCUAUCACGCCCUCUGCCUCCCUGCAGCGCACUCCAACGGUGGCUGUGACGCCGUCGUCCUCUGCGCGCCGCGGUAUUGAGCCAGCGAUCCCGAUCUCGACGUUGGCCCUUGUCCCGCCGUCCACACGACCGACGGCGCAGCCUGCGGCAGGCGCGGCGAGGUACUGGUCGGCCUACUCGCACACGUCACCACGUGUCGAGCCGACGGGCACGACACACUCGCAUCGAGGCCUAACGGCGGCGUCUGAGCGCAUGGCGCCCUCCUCGCGUGCGUCGUAUCCGGUGGCUACUUACAGCGACCGUGAAGCGCAGCCGGCGCCGGCUGUGCCGAUGGACGUGCAAAAGUCUGCGCCCUUUGUUCGUCAUACCGCAUCCGCGGCGCCCCUGCAGCGCUGGGCGACGUACACGGCGCCAUCGUCCAUGCAGGCGCAGCCGCCGCUCGUGCAGCCAUCGCUGCCGUCCGCUCUGCCCUCCUCGCAGGAUGCACGUGUCGUGUCUUCGGUGAGUCCAGGGGACAUGAUGCAGCCGGGCCAGCUGUACCAGCCCGGGCCUGCCGUCUAUGUGCCUGUCGACGCGCCUGCGGACCUUUCGCGCCGGCACACGCUGGCCGCGAUGGUCCCCCAUUCUUUUGCGUAG